CCCAAUGCAGUUCUGUCCUGUCCCGUUUUCUAACUCUUUACUGUCUCCCAUUUCCUUGAGCAUCGUCUGAUACCGACGCCUCCCCCUGAAGCAUAUUGGACAAAGGGCCCAAGUCACCAUGGCCACCCCAAAAGACCUCCCCCCGUCCUCCGACUCCUCUAAAGACCCUAGUGACAUGACAAAGGAUUUGGAAAAGGGCCUCGAGUUGAGCCGCCAUCUGACAAACAGCGCAGUCUCGACCUUCUCGUGGUCAGAUGUCGGGGUUGUGGUCAAGGACAGGAAAACAAAGCAGCCUCUGCAGAUCUUGACCUCCAGCUGUGGCUCGGUCAAGGCAGGGAGCGUCCUCGCGCUCAUGGGUCCCAGCGGCAGCGGCAAAACCACCCUCCUGAACGUGCUUGCUCACCGCACGUCGGCGAUGAAGGGCGAGAUCCAGGGGAAGAUCAUGGUAAACGGACGGCUCACCAACGCGUCUGCUGUGCAACAAGUCUCUACCUACGUGGAACAAGAGGACGCGAUGAUCGGCAUCUUGACACUGCGAGAGACCAUUGACUUUGCCGCCAGGCUCUCCGUCAACGGGCGUAUAUCCAAGAAGGAGCGGCUCGCGAGGGUCGACGAGCUUAUCGAGUCGUUUGGGCUCCAACGUCAAGCGGACACCAUUGUCGGCACCCCCCUGCGCAAGGGCCUCAGCGGAGGCCAGAAGCGCAGACUGAGCGUCGCCAGCCAGCUCGUCACCUCGCCGCGAGUGGUCUUCCUGGACGAGCCCACCAGUGGCCUCGACUCGGCGGCCAGCUUCGAGUGCAUGAAGUACAUCAAGCUGGUGGCCAAGCAGCACAACCUGAUCGUCAUCGCGUCGAUCCAUCAGCCGUCGACGACGACAUUCCAGCUGUUCGACCAGCUGAUGCUCCUGUCCGAAGGCCGCACGUGCUAUUUCGGCCCCGUGUCCAAUAUCCAGAGCUACUUCGAGCGCAUCGACCGCCCCGUGCCGCUGCACAUCAACCCGGCCGAGUUCCUGCUCGACCUGGUCAACAGCGACUUCAGCCACAGCGCGGGCGCCGCCGAGGGCAACCUCCGUUACAUCCAAGAUUCAUGGACGUCCUCCGACGAGUGCAAAGCACUGGAGGCGGCCAACAGCGGCGCGGACGCACUGGGCACCGUGGGCACGCCCGUGGCCUCGGCGCGGAGGUCGUCCAAGAACGUCGUCGCCGUCUCCUGGGUCCUCCUGCACCGCAACUUCAUCAAGUCGUACCGCGACAUCAUCGCCUACGGGACCCGGGUGGCCAUGUACUUUGGCCUGGCCAUCAUGAUGGGCACCGUGUGGCUGCGCCUUUCGUUCUCGCAGGCCUCGAUCCAGCCCUUCACCAACGCCAUCUUCUUCGGCGGCGCCUUCAUGUCCUUCAUGGCCGUCGCGUACGUGCCCUCCAUCAUCGAGGACCUCCACACCUUCAACAAGGAACGGCACAACGGCCUGUACGGCCCGCUGCCCUUCGUCAUCGCGAACACCCUCAUCGGCGUCCCCUGGCUGUUUCUCAUCGCGAUCAUGUUCUCCAUCAUCACCUACUGGCUGGGCCACUUCAACCCGACCGCCGGCGGCUUCUGGAUGUGGGUGCUGUGGCUGUUUUUGGACCUCCUCGCCGCCGAAGGCCUGGUGGUCCUGGUGUCGUCUCUUUUCCCCAUCUUCGUCGUUGCGCUGGCCAUCACGGCGUUCGCAAAUGGACUGUGGAUGUGUGUGGAUGGGUUCAUGGUCCCCAUGGGCAAGCUGAAUCCGUUCUGGAAGUACGUCUUCCACUACAUCGACUACCAAGCCUAUGUCUUCCAAGGCAUGAUGGCCAACCAAUUCCGCUCCACGAUCUGGGACUGCGCCAAAUCCGCCGACGGCUUCCAGUGCAUGUACCCCUCAGACCUGGAGGCGGAGGGCAAGAUCCGCGGCACCGCGGUGCUCGAGGCGUACAAGUACUCCUGGUCCUCGGGCGUCAUUGGCGAGUGGAUCGGCAUCAUGUUCGCCAUCAUCUUUGCGUACCGGGUCCUGGGGUACUUGGUCUUGGUGCUCAAGAAGCACUAG